CUCUCUCUCUCUCUCUCUCUCUCAAACACUCUAAAAAAUGCAGAGAAUUUCGAAAAUGCAAGCAAUAGCCAUAGUGUCGGUGCUCCUGUGCGCCACUUGCCACAUCGCCAUAGCCUUCAAAGACGGAAUGUUCAACAAUGGCAACUUCGAGUUAAGUCCCAAGUCCUCGGACUUGAAAGGCACGGAGGUGAUAAACCCCCAUGGCAUACCGGAAUGGGAAAUUUCGGGGUUCGUGGAGUACAUAAAGGCGGGCCAAAAACAGGGUGACAUGUUGCUGGUAGUGCCGGAGGGAGCGGCCGCGGUUCGGCUAGGCAACGAGGCAUCAAUCAAGCAAAGAAUGGCAGUAACAAAGGGAAUGCGCUAUUCCCUUACGUUUACCGCGGCUCGAACCUGUGCUCAAGAGGAGACAUUGAAUGUGUCUGUGGCACCAGACUUUGGGGUGUUACCAAUUCAAACAUUGUAUAGUAGUAAUGGAUGGGACUCGUAUGCUUGGGCAUUUCAAGCAUUGUUUGAUGUUAUAGAGGUCCUACUUCACAAUCCAGGAAAGGAGGAGGAUCCAGCUUGUGGACCAUUGAUUGAUUCUAUUGCCAUCAAAGUUCUAAAUCCUCCCAAGGCAACUAACUUGAACUUGAUCAAAAACGGGGGUUACGAAGAAGGUCCAUAUAUUCUCCCCAACACUUCUUGGGGUACUCUUGUCCCCCCAAACAUCGAGGAUGAUCACUCGCCAAUCCCCGGUUGGAUGGUUGAAUCCCUGAAAGCUGUAAAAUAUAUAGACUUGGACCAUUUCUCAGUACCGGAGGGUCAAAGAGCUGUGGAACUUGUGGCCGGAAAAGAAAGCGCCAUUGCUCAAGUCGUUCGGACCAUCACUGGCAAAACCUAUGAACUCUCAUUUGCAGUGGGAGAUGCUAGCAACUCUUGUGAAGGGUCCAUGAUUGUUGAAGCCUUUGCUGGAAGAGACACUAUUAAGGUUCCUUAUGAGUCCAAGGGCAAAGGUGGGUAUAAGCGCGCUGUGCUUCGUUUUGUGGCUAUCUCUGCAAGAACUAGGAUCAUGUUCCUCAGCACCUUCUACCACAUGAGAAGCGAUGAUUUUGCAUCACUUUGUGGCCCUGUUGUUGAUGAUGUGAAGCUGUUGAGUGUUCGGAACCCUCGUAGGCUUGUGUGAAGAACCUGAGUUUAUUAAGAAAUGCUAAAAUGGUUGGAUUAUAUUUGGUCAUACUAAGAAUAUUUUUGCUGUUGUAAGUGAAGCAUGGAGGUUUUGGUUUCAAUUUAGCAUAUGUACUAAUGAAAAUUACUACUAUACCUCUGUGGGGAUGAUAUUAUAUAUCUCAUAGAAGUGUGAGUUUAUUGAAUGGUUAUGUACUUCACCAAAAUAAAUGGGAAAAAUUAGGAUUUAUUAGCUAUUUAGUCUUUUUAGAUUAAAAAAAAAAUUGCUCGUCUCCUGCCUAUAGCGCCAAUUGAGUGA